AUGAAGCUUUUGCCUUUUUUCGCCGGUUGUAUUUUUGCCGCUGAUGUUUGCAAGGACGCUGCAGUUUCGACAUGUAAAUUUGUGAUUGACGAGAUUUGCGGGUCGAAUGGAAAGACGUAUUUGAAUGAAUGCGUUUUUCAGAAAGCAGCGUGCUUUGGAGAAGAAGAUCUCUCAGUUGCGUAUAAAGGCGCUUGUUGCCCAAGCUCCUGCCCAAGCGAAAUCAAGGGAGAGUCACCCUACAGAUCAACCUGCGGAGUCCUUUAUCCAAACGACUGCGAGUUUUACCGCCAAAAAUGUCUCCUUCGACGAGCUUUCGACAAAAUCAUCGAUUCUGGAAAUGCCCCUGAGGGUGACCUGCAAACAAGCUUGGAUAACUUUGAAAAUGUUCGACGAUUUUUCGGAACUGGCGACUGCGAGCUCCCUGAAACUUGGGAGGAACUUCUCGAAGAUUUUGAAGAUGUUUUUCUUGAAUAUAAUGAUUGA